AUGGACACUGUGGGCGUUCCUGCGGUCCUGGAUGCCUUUUUAAAAAUCAUUCGAAAUGAGGGCAUUAAAUCCCUGUGGAGUGGCCUUCCCCCUACUCUUGUGAUGGCCGUUCCUGCCACAAUUAUUUAUUUUACCUGCUAUGAUCAAUUAACUGAUCUUCUGAGAGCUAAAUUAGGAGAAAAUGAAAACUGCAUACCAAUUGUGGCUGGAAUUGUAGCUAGAUUUGGUGCAGUAACUGUAAUAAGUCCCUUAGAAUUGAUUAGAACCAAGAUGCAGUCUAAGAAGUUUUCUUACAAGGAAGUACACCAAUUUGUCAGCAAGAAAGUGUCUGAAGAUGGUUGGAUUUCCCUCUGGAGGGGCUGGGCUCCUACUGUUCUUAGAGAUGUACCUUUCUCAGCAAUGUACUGGUAUAACUAUGAAAUUUUAAAGAAGUGGUUGAGUGAGAAAUCUGGUUUGUAUGAACCAACAUUUAUGAUCAACUUUACUUCAGGGGCAUUGUCUGGUUCUUUUGCAGCUGUUGCAACUUUACCAUUUGAUGUAGUAAAAACACAAAAGCAGACACUACUUUGGACAUAUGAAUGUCAUAAAAUUUCUAUGCCUUUACAUAUGUCAACCUGGGAGAUAAUGAAGAACAUUGUUGCUAAAAAUGGAUUUUCUGGAUUAUUUGCAGGCCUAAUUCCUCGCUUAAUUAAAAUUGCUCCUGCUUGUGCAGUUAUGAUCAGUACAUAUGAAUUUGGAAAAGCUUUUUUCCAGAAACAAAAUGUUAAAAGGCAACAAUAAUAGUGAUGCUGUUUCAACUUGAAAUAACAAGAUGGAGACUCUUAGGCAAGAACUUUUUUCAUCAUUAUUCUCUCACCAUGAUUUUGUCUUUCCUAUCAUUUAAAUGAAUCGUAAUUUCUACUUUACCUGUAAAUCAUAAUCCUAAUUUUAAAGUAAAUUUUAUCCUAUUUUUGGACAUUCUGAAAAAGUUAUUCCAGAAACCACAACCAUUGAGCAUUCUUGUAAAGAAAAGAAAAAUUACUCAUUAGCAUCAAAAGCAGUCACUAAGAGUUUGGUAUUAUACAUUUCAGUGUAACUUAAUCUUAUUGGGAAUGUGUCAGAUACAUGGUAACUUUUUGAAUUGUGUGCUGAAUGAUGAACAGAAUCCAAAAGAAGAGCGCAUUGGUGGUAUAGUGGUGAGCAUAGCUGCCUUCCAAAAGAAAAAAGCCCAAGUCCUACGCACAUUUAAAUCAUGUAUGUAGGUAUUUCAGUAUAUCAGUCGAUGACAGAAGGCAGUCAUUAAAUAGCAUUAUUCACACUUAGGAAAUAUUACCUAUUAAUUUCUUUAAUUCAAAUGCAUUAGGUCCCCCCCUCUGCCAUGUUAUUGUUUUGAAGCCUCAUAUGAAUUAGGAUUUCUCUGAUCAAAGAUAUGGCUGUUUUAUCUUUACGAACUAAAAUAUAUAAUCUUUUGUAUGAUGUGAAUCCUGCCGUUUUUGAUUACUAAAAGACCCUGUAUUAGAUGUUUCUGCAAGAGAGGGAGUUUUUACUGAUUGUAGUGAAUGUUCACUUCAGUCAAGGUUGGGUGUGCAGUGGAAAACCACAUUGUAUUUAGACUAGUGAAAAUAAAGUUUGGCAGAGAAAUGG